AAUGCACAAACAAAAAAAAGCAAAUCUGUAGGAUCUACCUCCCCAGUACCCCAACACAAAAAACCCUAGAACAGGGAACAAAAAAACACACCUAAACCUCCCUAAGCAUGUCCUAAGAACAAGAACUAGCAGUGGGACUCCAUAGACUCUGUUACUUCCAUGUGACAUAAAUCUGUGAACUAAACACUCACUGAGCAGAAGGGGCUCCUAAAACUGCAGAUAUGUCUACAAUGUGCUAUAGGCGCAACAUAAAUGGCUAUAGAUGAGGGCAGUAUUACACUCAAAUCAACAUUACUGUGCACUGGGAACAGAUAUAGCCGGCGUCCUCAAUAAGUCCACUAACCGAUGGUGGCAAUGCGCUCGUUGUAGAAAUCCUGUGUUUUUUUAUGGAGAGUCAAAGUAUAAGUUCUCAUUAUGGAACGAGACCUGGAGACAGGCAGGCUGCAGCAAGCGGAAUUUUAUUCCUUUCAGGUAAAGAGAGUGUUUGAUGGCGUUGAAUGCAGCCCGGUUUUUAGCCAAAGCAGCACUGAUGUCUGGAUAUACUCUCAGCUCGGAGCCGCGGUAAUCCAUCUUGUGUUGUCUGGCCCAUCGGAGGACUGUUUCUUUCUCUUGGAAGCGGAGGAAUUUGACGAUGAGGGCUCUCGGUUUCCCCGCGCCGGCAUCACCUGGUCUGGGGCCGAGGGAACGGUGAGCUCUCUCUAUCUCGGGAGGGUUGUUAAAAACAUCGGGCCCCGUCACCUCCAUCAGCAGGUUGGAAACAAACUUCGUCGGGUCCUGAUCUUUCUCACUUCUUUCAGGUAUAUUGAUAAUCUGCAAGUUAGAGCGCCUGGACCGAUUCUCGAGGUCAUUCACGUGUUCCAGGAGCACCGUAGCUUGGGAUUGCAAGGUCUUAACAACAGCUUCCAUCUCUGUGAUUUUCACGAAGUUUUCACUCACCACAACUUCAGUAUUAGUGAGACGGUGGUUAAAUGACGUCACCUGUUGACCUAGUGAAUCCACUGACUGCAUCAGAGAUUCAGUUGAUUGUUGAAUCAGGAUAGCCAUGUUAGCUUUGAAGCUAUCACGUUGUUUGCAGAAUAGAGCCUCAAGGUCCAUUAGAGGGACUGGGUCGGAGUUGCCUCCGCUGCCGGCACCUCCGCCUCCCGGGCCUGGAAGCUCCGGCGCGGCAGCGGCAGCCAUGCUAGCUAGCUUGGCUGAAAUGCUAGCUGCACGAGUUGUUACUGACGGUUGAGGAUUAGAAUUUGAGGUGCUCAUUACGUCGCAAUACACUUUCCCACAUAAAAACUAAGUAAUGCGCGAGUUAGCCCAAGGAAAAACACUGUUAUACUGGUAGACUUAGAAAGUAAAUGAAAAGUUCGGCAGGAGCCCCCUGCUCGCACGUCUGCUCUCUACCUCAUCAAACCGGAAGCCCCGGAUUUCGAUGUUUUGAAAGACAUAAAUUCAUUAAUUUGGCAGGUGAAUGCUCUGAUACAAUAUCGACUAUAUGAAUGAGGACAUGAGACGUGUGUGAGACAGAUGCUUCAGGCUCAGCAGGAGGAGGAGACACAGAGAGAAAGUCAGGGUUUGUUGAAGAAAACCUGCCAGCGAGCAGGUUAGGUUCACAGAUUAUGUUGCCGGGGUAACUGACUCAGCGUAAAGCUGAACUGGCUUUGUGAAACCGAAAAACCAGUUUCACUCAUCUCAGGGUUAACUAACUCAGAGUUUUCACUAAAUAUGCUUUCUGAAACGGGCCCCUGGACGACGGAGAACCUUCACAGGCACACGUGUAGAAACAAUCAAUAAAUACAUCAAUCAAUAAAUACAUCAAUAAAUACACUCAUGGUUAGUUUAUUCAGACUCUUAACCUGUGUUCGAGCGUUGUGUGUGUGUGUGCGUGUGUGUGUGGCUUCAGUACAGUAUAUGUCACUCUUUGUCUACGAUACAGUAUGUAUUGGUUCCCCAGGUACAACGUCAGCUUCAGGCAGCACUUCUGCAUGCGGCAGGGUCACGGCCAGGGUCACGGCCAGGGUCACGGCCAGGGUCUGGAUGGGGACCAGGGCCACGGUCAGCUCUCUAACUCAGACGAGGAGGGAGGAAUCGCCCGGCGCAGAGUUCCUCGCAGGACCAGCUCUGAAAUAGCCAGCGCUAAGAUAGCAGGGCGCCCCCUACCUGUCAAGUGCCGCUCAGAGUCCAGUCACUCAGACGAGGAGUCGAGUCCAGAGGACGAUGAAGACGACCCCAUGUCCUUGUCUCCGGCCUCCACAGCCUCCUGCCACCAGCCUCCUCCUCCUCCUCCUCCAGAGGGUCCACCUCCCGGCUGCCUGCUCUCUGUCCCCGCCCAGUGGAGUGUGCAGGAAGUGUCACAGUUUAUCUCGUCACUGCAAGGCUGUGAAGAUCUGGCGUCUCAGUUCCUGUCGCAGGAGAUUGACGGACAGGCGCUGCUGCUGCUGAAGGAGGAGCAUCUUAUGUCCACUAUGAACAUCAAGCUAGGCCCCGCCCUCAAGAUCUGUGCCCACAUCAACACGCUGAGAGACUGACACACACACACACACACACAGGCUCCGGUCUGUGGUUUUUUAAACUCGUUGUUUUUGCACAGGAACACACACGACAUGAGACGUCUCAUAAAAAUGCUUCUUAACGUGCAAAAUCUUUACUUUCUGCGACAAAGUUGUUUUACAUCCACGUGUUUGAUUUUAGGCCUCAUUUAAAACACAGAAACAAACAUUUUUGAAUGUAUUUUUAAAGAAAAUUGCAGAAUUGAGUGCAAUCUGCACAACAUGAGCGCGAUGAUUGUUGUUGUUGUUGUUUUAUAUAUUGAGCGUUUGUGUCUGUGGACAUUUUUACAAAAGCAGAAGGAGAUUGUUUUUGGUCACAGGAGAGUUUUUACUUGUUUUUACUUGUUUUUACUUGUUUUUUUUGUUGACAAAUGUGUUUUUUUAAAUUUGCGGCAGAACCUUUAAAAAAGUAAAGAUUUUAAUAUGAAAGCACUCAACAUCUUUAAUGUUAGGUCUAUUUUUAGCUGUUGUGCGUUUAGCGUCAUGGUUCUUUAACUGUGUGUCUAGUUUGACGUACAGGCUAAAGUGAGAGUACAGGGUAACGACCACAGACCAGUCCAAACACAAUAAAUACUCAUGCUACAUGUUUUUCUUUUCUCUAACUAGGACUGCGUUAGUAACUGGUUAGUUAAUCUGGUCCAGAAAGUGUUGAUCAAACCAAAAAUGUUCUUUGUUUUAUGGAGCAAAGAAAGCAGAAAAUAUUCACAUUUAAG